AUGAGUUCCGCUACAUUAAACGGUGUAGGCUCUACCCUCAAGAUGUCCUCUUCAAAAGUUAUCGAUUUGGUGUCUGAUGAGGAAAAUUCGGAAAUUGAUGAUGCACCGCUCCACGGUGUUGUUCGAGGUAUUUCACGUGGCAUACCGCAACACCACCAAAAUGCAGCGUCGGAGGAUCUCGAAGCGGCUUUGGAUGCCAAUGGAAAUAGUGUAGGAGACGAAUUCGAAGAAGAAGAUGAUGACGAUGAUGAUGGUGGUGAAGAUGACGAUGAUUCUAUUGAUAGUAGCUUUAUAGAAGAUGCUAUUGAAGCUUUAACUGAUGAUAAUAUACUUGAUGAUCAUUCUGAUCCUGAGCGAUGCACUCGCAAGGAAAGUCAGCAUUAUCGUAACUUGCUUCGAAAACUCGGGCCCCGAGAAUUCUGUGCAGUUACUGUGGAAGCGGACGCUAUUACCGCUAAAAAGCUCUUGACUGCGUUUGGUGUCCUCCCACCGAUGCACCUUGAAGGUCUACCCGAUGAAGACUACUAUCAGUUUCUAAGUUUCGCUAUACGCCGUGAAUUGCAGAAACGUAUAAAAAUUCCGACGUAUAACACUGUCGACGAUGCUAUAGACCUCAUUAGAAAUGCCAAGAAAAUCAUUGUCCUCACCGGCGCUGGUAUUUCCACUUCUCUUGGUAUACCCGAUUUCAGAUCUGCAAAUGGACUGUAUGCACAGUUUGGACACUUGAAUCUCAACGAUCCUCAGGAGAUUUUCAACAUUAAUAAGUUCAAAGAAGACCCGUCAAUUUUUUUUAGUGUUGCAAAGGCCAUUCUGCCAGAAAUUGUUCGAUACUCCCCAACCCAUCAAUUUAUUGAACUCUUGCAGAGGAAAGGCAAAUUGCUCACCAACUACACACAAAAUAUUGACAACAUCGAAGGCCUUGCGGGAAUAGAUCCAGAAAAAAUCAUUCACUGCCAUGGAUCGUUCGCAACCGCCACGUGUCAAGUUUGCGGACACCGGGUAGAGGGCGAGAAAAUUUUCGAAGAGAUCAAAGCUGGGGUAAUCCCACGAUGCAAAAGGGCAAAUUGCCAUCCUGUUUAUCAAUCAACUAUCCCUCGCAAGCGUAAGAAAAAUUCGGUGGGUGGCAAGAAAAUGAAAAACGGACAAUAUAGUGACGACAACGAAAGCGAUGAUAUUCCCGAACCUGGCAUCAUGAAACCGGACAUCACUUUCUUCGGCGAAAAUCUUCCUGAUGCCUUCACGGAUAGACUCAGCAAACAUGAUAGAGAUCAAGUCGAUCUCGUCAUCACAAUCGGUACAUCCUUGAAAGUCGCACCAGUCAGCGAGGUAGUUCCAUAUCUUCCUAGCCACGUCCCACAAAUUCAAAUCAAUCGGGAUCCCAUUGGUCACCUCGCUUUCGACAUCGACCUUGUCGGUUUGUGCGACGUCGUCGUCUCGAAAUUGUGCAAGGAACUCGAUUGGGAGCUCGACCACCCGAUGAUUCCCAAGGAUCAAGAAAUUGAAAUUGAGACGCACCCCGAUUAUCCCCAUCGUCAUGAAUUCAAACAAACCCGCCCCGAACAACCACCGACACAGACACCGGCAUCAUUAGCUAAGUCGUCUUAG